AUUGGGGUCCUUUUGAUGAUAGGCUAGCUGCUGAAACGACAUUACCAAUUAUUUUGUCUUUUACAGAACUGUGGUUGGUGUCCAAAGAAAAAACAAAUAUAUCGUUAAGUGUGUUUGAUGAAUGUUGAUAAAGACAGGAGCGUCGUUCGGUCUGGUCGUUUUCGUUCUACCUGGCCCAGCAAUUUUGGGUUUUUAACGCCGAAGGGUGUGUUUUCGGUCGUUACGUUAGCGCUAGCAGAGCAAAACAGCUAGUCCACCAACCCACGUAAUUCUGAUAUUUAGCUGUAUUAAAUAAAAGUACACUUUAUCCUGCACACGUUAACAGGGAGGCGUUGAUGAGCAACAAUGUCUGGCAUUGCUCUUAGUAGACUGUCACAGGAGCGCAAAGCCUGGAGAAAAGACCAUCCAUUUGGUUUUGUUGCCGUGCCCACUAAGAAUCCUGAUGGGACCAUGAAUCUGAUGAACUGGGAAUGUGCCAUUCCAGGAAAGAAAGGAACCUUAUGGGAGGGAGGACUCUACAAACUCAGAAUGCUGUUUAAAGAUGACUACCCUUCCUCACCACCCAAAUGCAAGUUCGAGCCCCCAAUAUUCCACCCAAAUGUCUACCCAUCAGGCACUGUGUGUCUGUCCAUCCUGGAGGAGGACAAGGACUGGAGGCCUGCCAUCACCAUCAAACAGAUCCUGUUGGGUAUCCAGGAGCUACUGAAUGAGCCCAACAUUCAAGACCCAGCACAAGCAGAGGCUUACACAAUUUACUGUCAGAACAGGAUGGACUAUGAGAAGCGGGUAAGGGCACAGGCCAAGAAGUUUGCCCCGACAUAGAGAGGAGUGCAGGCCUCGAUCCUGCCAGAGCAACCUGAACUGAUCAUCACAAACAGGAGGCAGGCAGCAACUGAAGGACCACUCCAACAACAAUCCACUUCUGAGUAUUAUUAGACUCUUUCACCCAUUACACUCUUUCUUUUAUUCUUUCUUUGUUUUUUUUCUCGCCAAAAGAUCACACUUUUACCCAUCUUCAAUAAAUAUUUAUGCAUUUUUAUGGCAUAGCUGAUGGUCCUAGAGCUCAGCUGCCCACAACCACCUUUGCUGUUUGUUUCUUACUCUUGUAAAAUCCAUACCCAGUUUUUGUCACGAGUGCUGCAAAGUGCUCUGGUGCCUCCAUUAACCCUGUAAAGUCAUGCCAAUGUAAGGACGGAGCUGUAGAAACAUGAUUCCUCUCAGUGUAACGUGGAGUCAGCUGUGCCCGAGGAGUGUUUGCCUAUUUGUAAUUUUACAGUUUUUAUCAAAGCGUCAAAUCCAGAAAUGUUGUAGAUAGUGUUUCAUAAAUAUGGGUAUUAACUGGGACAAAGCUGUCAGAAAUACAAUGGAAGUUCAGUUCUUUUUGUGCUACUGUACUAUAAAUUUCAUUCCCACCACAUCGAAUGUCAACCGGAGAAAUCGAACAUGUGAGAUUGAACUGAAAGACAAUCCUCUCAUUUGUGUGUUUCAAGCUAAACCGUAGCAGUCGUGCUGUUGACAGGAUGUUGUGCUCUGUCCAUCUCCACCAUGCAAGGGUGUGAAAAACGGGUCGGGUGGGGUCAGCGCUUCGCUUCCUUCGGUGAACUCCACUCGUCUUACUGCAGUUUAAACGAAAGACGAUUAGUUCUUGUCGAGUGUUAAGAUUCUUUUUGUGAAUCUGACGGGGAGUGAAACUUAGCUGUGCAGUGAUGAGCUCGAGUCACAUUCAGCACCAGUCUGUCAUCAGCUUCUCAACGGACAACAGAGAUUACUGUACGACACGGAGCAUAGAGGAGUUUAUUUAAACUGUUGAUGUGUCUGUUUUUUGUUUUAUUUUUUUUUGUCGCUAUUCAUUUAUUUCAUCCCACAAUGCUUACAAAGUUAAUGUCAACCUUUUUAAAAAAAUCCAUAAACUGGCAAAUCCACACGUCCAUUUGGCUGAACAAUCUUCAUUGGAUUGGCCUCUCAAAAUGAAGGCAAUUAAAAGUGCACUUGAGAGUAAGCAAAGGCCUCAGAAUUUUGUUUUGCCUCUAAAUAUAUGAGUGCAUGUACAUAUUAUAAAUAUAAAAAAAAAAAUGUGGAAGUUAUGUUUUAUAUUGUUUUAGCCAGUUGACAUUAGUGUGUGGUAUUAUAACAAAGAACACAAUAAAUGGCAUAUAAUUGUGAAAUAAAAUUGAAUAAAAUAAUUAAAAACA